CUAAAGAAUUCGACUGCCGGGAGCCAUUGGGUGGUGUGCACACCCGGGCUAGAUCCCUCAACUAGAUUCUCCGAAUUUGCCGAUCGCUGAACGAGGCGUAUGUCUGCACUAAAGCCCAAAGCCACUGUCCGGUGUCGACCUUGUCACCCACCUCCAUCGACCUCCUUGUCUGUCCGCCGGCUGAACUGAGAUGGGUGGCCUCUCCUCAAAGCCUUGUCCUUGGGACGCACUGAGCGACUCUCCCGUCCUCGUUGACACUGGCACAGUGGAUCUUCCUGGCGGGCUGGCCUCCUCCACGGCUCUCCUACGCACAAAGGUUAAAGGAAAGACAGUCACAGUGCUCGACGGCUUUGACAAGACUACAGUGCUCUAUUCGGUAAAGAAGAAACAUGGUAAAGGCACCGUCACCAAUGCCAGUGGUCAAUUGAUCAUGAAUUUCAAAAAGCUGUACAACACCAAGGUCUUUGAUCCUGCAUCAGGCAAACUUAUCGUCGACAUGAAAGUCAACUACCCGUGGUGCCACUUUCUCACGCCUCGCUGGGAGUUUGUCCUACACAGGCCCGAUGGACGGAGCAUUACCGUCCAAGUUGUCGAGCAGAAGCCCGAGAACUGGACAGUGUUCAGCAUCGAUGAAAAGACCAUCGCCAUCUGCUCAACGAAAUUCACGGGGCCCGAUGGAAAGGAGAUCAAUUACAAGCGCAACACCGGCAUCCUCAUUGCGCGCGGUGUGGACCUCGGUCUUGCUGCGCUCCUCGUCAGCCUGAUGCAGCUACGAGUGGAGGACACAUUGUCUGAUACGAUUGAGCUCGGUAGCAAUGUCGGGUGUGGGUUCCUCGGAGCCGUCUGAAAUAAAAUCUCAAAUGCUAU